AUGCCCUCGUCGUCUCAAAAUCUAAGCCUAAGUAUUACGAACCCACUGGUCCUGUAUCGCGCCCUCGUCGCAACUAAGAAAAUCAAACCUGACCCAGCACAACAUCGUCUAGCAUUGCAUUUACAGAAACUCUAUUUCCGGCUCAAGGACUACGCCCCAGAAGUCGAGUAUCGGUAUCGUCUUGAGAAGAUCGGUCGGGGCGUUGGUAUCUCCAGACAUUCUAGCGCCAGACCCACAACACGCACACAAGAUGGCGCCGUGCAGGGGAAUUCCGCCCCCGAAGAAGGAUCUACGGAGCCGCCGUCCAGAAGUCUCUUGUCACGUUUAUCAUUAUUCAGAUCCAGCCCAGCCGUGUCCUCCUUAGCAUUAACGCGGACAACGCCCCUGCACGACUCAGCGCUCGCGAUAAACUCUCCCCUCGGCAUGCUCUUAUACGGCGAAGUCGGCCGGGGAAAGUCCAUGCUCCUGGACCUCCUAUACAAUUCGCUUCCGUCGAAGAAGAAGCGGCGCUGGCACUUCAACACGUUCAUGCUGGAUGUUUUCCGACGCAUUGAACUCGCCAGGCUCGAGAGGUCGGAAGUAGCUCAUCACUCCCAAUUUGGAUCCCGGUCGAGCAUAUUUGGUCUGUACGGUAGCUCGGGGAUAUCGGAACACGAACAUGUUGUCCUGAGCCUAGCCAAGGAUACCAUUAGUGAAAGUCCAAUUUUGUUUCUGGAUGAAUUUCAGAUGCCGGACAGGACAUCGUCCAAGCUGAUCAACUCCUUUUUCACAGCUUUUUUCCAUCUUGGUGGAGUACUUGUCGCAAGCUCGAAUCGGAUGCCAGAGGAGUUGAGCAAGGCUGCGGGAAUUGAGUUUGGAAACCAAAGAGAGGGAUCGGGUAUUGGUGGUGGUCUGUUUGGUUUGGGAUGGGGUCUGAGUCGGGAAAGUGAAGGCCAGAGAGCGGCGAAGACGGAUUUUGGCCAGUUCCUUGAAGUGCUCCGGACAAGGUGUGAGGUCUGGGAGAUGGAAGGGGAGAGGGAUUGGAGGAGAGAGGAAUAUGAUACCGAAGAAUUGGAUGCAAGUGGUGAAUCGAUAGAGACAAACACAGUGGACAGAACACCCAUCUCUACUUUGUCCGCCGCCGUCGCAGAACGAUCGACCUCAGCCUCGACUUCAUCAGCUGAUUCACCACCACACUACCACAUCAGUCUGCCAUCUUCCCACACCUCAUCUCUCACAGAUUCUUCUUUCGAAAAUGACCGGCGCCUCCUCAACCCCUCCAACACCUGGAGACCAACAACCCUAACCAUCUACGCACGCCAGCUCUACCUUCCCACCGUCUACAAGGGUAUUCUGAAAUCGACCUUCGCAGACCUCUGCACCACCUAUCUCGGUCCCGCCGAUUACGUAUCUCUAUGCUCGACAUUUCACACGCUCAUCCUCACAGACGUCCCUGUUCUUACCGCAGUCAAGAAAAACGAAGCACGCCGCUUCAUCACGCUUCUUGACGCCCUGUACGAGGCCAAGUGCAGAUUGCUGAUUGAAGCCGAGGCCCCGCCCGACAGAUUGUUCUUCCCAGAGGCAAAAGUCCGGACACGAAUGAGGACAACUUCGACUGUGCCGGACGGAGGUGGUGGUGUGCUGCCAUACACUGCAACGAUAAGAGGAGGUGGACCGGAGGGUGCGAGUGAUAUCUUUGUCGAUGACCAUGAUGAGGCAGAUUCAAUCAUCUCCGAAUCCUUCUCGGAAAUCUACCAGGAUUCCAUGGCGCCGUUUCGACCAAACAUAUCAUCUUAUACUGACAACGACACCCGACACCUGAUAUCACUAUCUCCAUCGCUAUCGGACGAUCCAAGGACUAAUACACUAUCAUCCUUCACGCCAUCUCUUCAAAACCCAAGCCUUCGAACCGUUCUUGCCAAUGAAGAUGCAGACUUCGGCCCUACGUACGAUAAUGGGCGAGGACAUGGGAUCUCGAAUUCGUCCACACCUGCUCAUCCUCCCAUGCCUUUCGCCACUGGCGCUGGGCCGGAUUUCACAUCCACGACCGCAUUGACGGGUGAAGAUGAGAAAUUCGCAUACAAGCGGGCGAGAAGUAGACUCUGGGAAAUGUGUGGGAGGCGGUGGUGGGAUGAGAGGUUACCAUCGGCACUUCCAUCUUCGUCCACAUCGCCGUUCUCAACGUCGCGACGGGAGGAGGAGCUGCAGCAGCAGCAGGGUGAUUCUACAACAAAGUCAAAGUCCAUCUCCGCGACUACGAACGUCAAUAGUAAUGACAAUGUUGAUGUUGAUGUGAAGCAUGGCAAUGGUACCGGAACCAAUGCCGAAUGGUUCGAGGGCGUUGAUGGAGUGGAGCGGUGGUGGCGCCCCAUCUCUCGCGACGGGCGGUUCUGGGAACGUUUCAACGAUGACAAGAAUCAGAAGCAGAAUCAAAACCCGGUCUCGGACUCGGUUACCACCUCUACCUCUUCCUAUCCCACUUCAUCUUCCUCGUCGUCUUCUCCUUCGUCAAAUACUCCAACCCCGAACACAAACCUCUUCCGCCAUGAUACCUUAUCGUACCGUACUCAUGAGCCUCCACCGCCAAAGUUCGCAUGGUACCAUGCAUGGGGAAUGAUGGAGUGGGGAAAGAAAGCUGGGGAGUGGGGAAAGGGCGUUGAUGGGGAUCGAGUUCGGGCUCAGGCUCGAAAGAAGGACUCGGAUUCGGAUUCGAUGGAGACAAACUCCAACACGAGGGAUGAAGACGGUGAUGCUAGAACUGGUGGCCAUCAUGGCGUUGGGGAGAAGAAAUCAUGA